AUGGAUUAUCCAGAACUGUCGCAUUCGCACCCUCCAAACGCCUUGUCCCGCGGCCUUGGCAAACUUGCGAAUGGGCAGGCAUUUGGUGUCAGGAGAAGCUGCCCGACUCCUUUUGAAUGGGUUACCUUGGAGGAAAGCAUGUCAGAUCUUCCGGCUCUAGGUGAUGGUGCUACGUAUCAAUGCAUUCCAUUUCCUGACCAUGUUAUGGCUGGAACUCUCACUGAGCAGUUGAGAGGCCGGAUUGAAGCGAUCCCCAUGCGUCCUCGAGGAAUGAACUUAUACAAAACUUGGCACAGUAGUCAAACGCCGAUGACUCCUGAGGAGAGAGAACGGUUUCCACCAAUGUACAAGAAGGAUGGAGCUAUGCGAGCCAUGUAUAGGCCCCAAUCUAGAGCGUAUACACGCGUUGAUCCGAAAGGUAUAUUCCCAUGUAUGACAGUGGCUGUAAGUCCAGGAGACAUGAUCAUGGGUUCGGGAAUUCAUUGGGAUGACCAGCGGAUGUUCACCGCUGUGGAAGGACGCCGAAUUCAAGGCGCCCCUGAACAUGAGGUGUUUCUGGGGACUCCGAUUGAGGUUUGGAAAAUAUUGGGAAAUAGUGUCAACCGAAAUGUGUCCCUAGCGUUAGGUCUUUCGCUUCGUGAUGCAUGGCUUACGAACGAUCCUGCCCAUUACCAAGAAUCAGUCGCAUCUAGAGCUGCUGCUCCAGCGUCCAACAAGAGAACUAGCUCCAAGACGGCAAAUAAAUCUCGGAAGGCUGUGUCAUCAGAAACGAUUCGCAGAUCGACAGGCCGCGGUGUAUGUACAAAUGAUCGCAUACCGUCUCCCAUUCGAGCGGUGGACCCCUCAGGUGACGAGAGGGGUCUCACAGACUGGACAUGUAACUUCAUGAUUUCGCAAGACAUCGUACCAUAUGUAAGCCAGGAUACAACUCCAGAGUCAUUUGCAAGUGCCAGCAAGGGUUCAGGCAGGGUAGAGAAAGCGCAAAGACCACUAAAGCGUCCGCACUCGUUUUUUCAGGAAACAUCGAUAAUGCGGGAUGGGAAAAGCAAGAAAUCACCACGAGCAUCAAAGACAUCAAUUUCACGUCAAAGAAUCCACCAGGAUGACUCCGUGGCUUCUUCUAGAACAUUCGAGAAUUGCACAUCGAAAGAUACGACUGUGACAAUAAAUCUACAGCGACUGGCAAGGAAAGGCUUGCGGCAGGUUGACACUGAAAACAUUCCCGACGCUUCAAGCGACGGUGGUGCAGAUAGUGACUUAGAAGUGCUGUUCACAUCUGUGGUGACGAGAUUCCGAACUCGAAAUCCUGGGAAGCCAAAGAGACAUCGAAGGAUAUUGUCUUCUACACAAAACCCCAAAUGGCCUCCUGUUUUUAUCAGUCUUGUCUCCGAUGACGACGAUCAAUAUGUUGCCUCUGAAAUCCAAUGUCGAGGUCAAGCUCCAGGUGGCACGAGGCAGCAACGAAACAAUCUAUAUGUACCGGAGACUAAAUCUCCUCCAUAUCCUCAUUUUCAUGAUGAUCGUGUCCAGGAGAACAGUGAUCAGCGCUAUCACUUUCCAAGUGCUAGACUAAAUCAUCUUCCUGUCUUAAGCAAUACACCAUCUUCCAAUAGACCGAUACCUACCCAACAGUCGCAGGUGUAUCGUGGAAGCAACACCUGCUCGCGCAACUUGACUCAUGCGUCCCAACUUUCAUCCUCAAAAACACUUCCUGGACCCUUUCCAAAUCUUUCAGCAGACUAUGGACAGAACGAAGGACGUAAUGAACAAGACGAUCAGGCAGAUUCGCGUCAAGAAAAACUCAGGAGUGAAGCCAAUGUAGUGUCAAUGGAUGGCAGGGGAAAAGAAAGUGAAGAAGUCGAACGGGACGAGGGGGAGGGGAGGACAAGAGACGCCGUGAGUGAGGUUCCGACUCAGAAAUAUUUACCUGUGGAUAAUGGUGAUUUUAUGGCGUAUUUCCAGACUAGUCGGUACAUGGGUCAGAAGACUGGAGGGGGGAGGAUGAGAUAG